AGGAUGGACAUGAGACCGAGAAGAGACGACGGACAAAAGAGAAAAAAUAUCUGGAAAAAAAUCAAAAUAGUCAAAUAAGGAUUUAUUCUGUUUUAUUCUGAGACAUUUUAACCUCCACUUUUUCCAUUUUCCCACUUUUUAUUUUUCAGAAGGACUCGUUUUUUUGCCGCUAAGGACCUCAGAAUCAAAAAAAGGAAUAUUUUCACCCUUUAAAUAGUGAAUAUAAAGACACACCUUCUACCUCAGCCUAAGGAUUAUGGUGGAGUUUGCUCCGUCUGAGGAUCUGAAGGAGGAUCAAAAUGCUGAAAUGUAAAGUUCACAGUUAUCUCUGCUGCCUGUGGGUCGCCUCACUGCUGCUGCUGCGGGAUCUAAGCAGUGCAGCUCCCACAGAGGCCCAGUUCAGCCCAUGUAGCAUCACUGUGUCUGAACCAGAGUCCAAACUGGACUCCAUCUCACUGACUGUCACCACACCUGGACAGAACUGCUCCUUCACCGUGACGUCUGCGGACACCGGAGCAGAUGGCGUCGAAUGUAGAAGAAGAAGAGAAGGAGACGAGGAGAUAGAGACCGGUGAGAUCGGAGGAAAGGAGCGAGGGGAGAAGGAGACGAAGGAGGAGACAGGACCUAAUUAUUUGGAAACAAACGAGCUCGGAGUUGAGGAUGAAGGGAACAAAGAGACGGGAGAUGUUUUUACCUGCGUGUUGGAUCACCUGGAGCCUGGAACCACCUACCAGCUGCAGGUUCAGUCCCAGCGAGACGAGGAGACGGAAAACAUCACGCUGCACACCACGCCGUCAGCAGUGAGCGGCCUGACGGUGACCUCCAGGACCUCCAGCAGCCUGGGCCUCUCCUGGCAGGCCGGUCCGGGCAGGACGGAGCGCUUCAGGCUGCAGCUGUGGGAUCAAACAGGUCUGCUUAGGAACAAGACAUUAGAGAGCACAGCCACACAACACACACUCCUCGACCUGACGCCGGGACGUCUCUACAAUGUUACCAUGGUAACGGAGGCUGGCGGGCUGCAAAACAGCCAGACGACGGAGGCCCGGACAGUUCCCGUCGCUGUCUCCAACCUCACUGUCAACCACAACGACAGCAAAAGCUUUUUGUUGUCAUGGCAACAACCUGAGGGUGACCUGGACGAGCUCGUCGUCACCCUCUCGACCAAUGGCACAAGUGGCUGGGACAUGACGCUUCCUCCAGACGCCACAGAGGUCGCCAUCCAUCAGCUGACUCCUGGCUCAGCCUAUCACAUCUCAGCGACGACCAGGAGCGGCGAGCUAACGAGCCAAGCAGAAAUCAACGUCAGGACAGCUCCAGCAGCGGCGUCCCUCCUCUCCCUGUCUGCCGCCUCCUCUGGUGGCCUCUUCCUGUCUUGGACGCCCCCGGUUGGACACUGGGAGAGCUACACGGUGUUCCUGUUCGAUGGCUCCCAGCAGUUAGUCAGCACCGCUCUGGACCGAGAGACAGCGAACUUCAGCUUCCCCGGGACGGGACUAACGCCUGGGAGGCUGUACAAAGCUGUGCUGAGAGUGGAGAGUGGAGGAGUGACGGCCGAGAGCAGCUGUGAAGGAGCAACAG